UUUGAGUCGGUGCGGAUCCGGUCGCGAUUUUCCAUAGUUUUUCCACUCGCAGCACACUAAACAUUCAAGACACACAAACACACGACACUCGCCAAGUGGAAAGCAGGCUGAAAAAUGCUCUGCCCGGGGGAAAAUGUAAAUUGCCAAACGGGUUUCACAGUCAAGGUCGUCGCUUCCGCCCGGCGCCGCCGUAUACCGUUAUCAGCGCGAAAAUCCGACUCCCACCCAACCACACUCACCCUGUCCAGUUUGAUUGUUGUGAUUAUGAUUAUGUCGUCUUCGCUGGAUGCCCUGGUCAUUGACAAUGAUGGAAUAAUCAGCAACCAGACGACUCGGCAUCGUCGCUCGACCUCCGGAGCGGCGGUGGCUGCCACUCCAGCCAGCUGCAUGCAAGAUGCACGCUUCUAUCGGAAUCCGAACAGGCCGGUGCACAAGAUCUGGACGAACAGCGAGUGCGCCAAGUAUUUCCUCUGCCUCGACGGCGAGGUGUUCGAGUUCAAGUGCUCCGAGGGGCUGCUCUUCGAUGUGGUGCGUCAGAUCUGUGACUUCAAGGCGAAUGUGGAUAACUGCGAUGUGAGUGCGGAGACGCCGGCUCCAAAGCCCCUGCUGGAGAUGGCCGAUUGUGCGGAUGCCUACCAGCUGGGGUGCGCCGAUGGCACCUGCCUGCCGCAGGAGUACUUCUGCGACGGAUCGGUGGACUGCCCCGAUGGCUCCGACGAGGGUUGGUGCGAUGUGGAGCACGAUCCGAAUGCGGCCGGUGCCUGUGAUCCACGCAAAUGCCAGCUGCCCCACUGCUUCUGCUCGAAAGAUGGCACCCUGAUACCCGGAAGUAUUCCAGCCCAGAGUGUACCCCAGAUGAUCCUGCUGACCUUCGAUGAUGCCAUCAAUCACGAUAAUUGGGAGCUCUUCUCGAAGGUUUUGUUCACACAGAACAGAAGAAAUCCCAAUGGGUGUCCCAUAAAGGGCACAUUCUAUGUCUCACAUCCGUUUACCAACUAUCAGUAUGUGCAGAAGCUGUGGAACGAUGGUCAUGAGAUCGCCGUGCACUCAGUCACACAUCGCGGUCCUGAGAUGUGGUGGUCCAAGAAUGCCACAAUUGAAGACUGGUUUGAUGAAAUGGUUGGCCAGGCGAAUAUCAUUAAUAAAUUUGCAGCCGUUCGCAUGGAGGAGAUCCGCGGAAUGAGAGUGCCCUUUCUACGCGUCGGCUGGAAUCGCCAGUUUUUAAUGAUGAAGGAGUUUGGCUUCGUUUACGACUCCUCUAUGGUGGCGCCGCAUUCCAAUCCUCCCUUGUGGCCCUACACCUUGGACUACAAAAUGCCGCACAGCUGCACGGGAGUGAAUCAGAAUUGUCCGUCCAGGAGCUAUCCGGGCAUCUGGGAAAUGGUAAUGAACCAGCUGGAGGCGGGCGAAUACAUGUGCGGCAUGGUGGACAGUUGCCCUCCGCAUUUGAGCGGCGAGGAUGUGUACAGAAUGCUGACGCACAACUUUAAGAGACACUACCUCAGCAACAGGGCACCCUUCGGCCUGUAUUUCCAUUCCACCUGGUUCAAAAAGGUCGACUAUCUGAACGCAUUCCUGAAAUUCCUCGAUGACCUGCAAAAGCUGCCAGAUGUGUAUUUUGUGACCAACCAGCAGGCGAUUCAGUGGAUGCGCCAUCCCACGCCCAGCAAUCAAUUGCAUCAGUUUGAGUCCUGGCAUUGCAAGCCCAAGGAUUUGGAUCCCCAGGAGCGGGUCUGCAACUUGCCGAACGUGUGCAAGGUGCGAAGUCGAGUGCUGCAGGAGGAUCGCUACUUCUACACGUGCAUGGAGUGUCCUGCCCAGUAUCCCUGGAUUCGAAACGAGUUCGGUUUGGACUAAGGUGAUAGCCCUCUUAGCAAUUUUGAGUCUCCAAUAAGGGGGUUU